GUAACCUUAACUUAGUUACUUGAUGAUUGUUGUCUUUAUUCUCAGUGAACUUUGGAUUUACUACCUAUAAAAUUUGAUAACAAUAAUUAUUAUCAUAUGAUCAUAAAUUUUGGGUAAUUAUAGCUGUACCAAAUGUCAAUAUACAGCGAUUAGAUAUUACUUCGGUACUUGGUAUUACUACUACACAUAUAUGUUUUGUGGCAUAAAUUACCGGUUUAUUUGUAUGUUUUUUGCGUUCUAAAUUUAAGAAAUUAUAAUGAUACGUUCAAAGCUUUUAUCUAAACCAAUAAGCAGCAUGUAUCCAUUUAAUGUGAGUGCAAAAGAACUUCAUAGUGGCAGAUUAAAUGGAAAAGUAGCAAUAGUAACUGCUUCAACAGAUGGCAUUGGUUAUGCUAUUGCUAAGAAACUGGGAAAUGAAGGAGCAUCUGUAAUAGUUAGCAGCAGAAAAGAAGAUAAUGUGAAAAAUGCUGUUAAAAGUCUACGUGAUGAAGGUAUCACUGCUGAAGGAGUUGUUUGUCAUGUGGCCAAUAAAGAACAAAGGAGAAAGUUGUUUGAAGUUGCUAAUAAUAAAUUUGGUGGCCUGGAUAUCCUUGUAUCAAAUGCGGCAGUAAAUCCAGCUGUUACACCAAUUCUAGAGAUACCUGAAGAAGCAUGGGAUAAGAUAUUUGAUAUCAACGUGAAAUCCGCGUGGUUAUUGGCUAAGGAGGCAUACCCAGAACUCAUUAAAAGAGGCGGUGGGAGCAUUGUAUUUAUUUCGUCAAUUGCUGCCUAUCAACCUAUGUUUCCUCUAGGUGCAUACAGCGUUAGCAAGACAACGUUGCUGGGCUUAACUAAAUCAAUCGCCUCUGAAGUAGUACAUGACAAUAUUAGAGUUAAUUGUGUUGCUCCCGGAAUUGUUGCUACGAAAUUUGCUUCUGCGAUCACAAGCUCGGACGCGGCAGCAGAGAAAAGUUUGUCUAUAGUGCCGAUGAACAGAUUUGGGAAACCUAUAGAGAUAGCAAACGCAGUAGCUUUUCUGUCGUCUGACGAGGCCAGUUACAUUACAGGUGAAACUGUUGUCGUAGCAGGUGGAGCUGUUGCUCAUUUAUAAAUCGAUAUUUUUUUUUUAUCAACUUUAAUAUAAGUAUAAAAUUUGUCAAACUACAGGGGGCUUAGACAAGUGAUUAAAUUUCUGAAUACAUGUAGAUACAUUACCGCAUGCAUGAAGAAGAUGGAUAACCAUCUAUAAGUUCACAAUUCAGGAGAUUCCUAUUUAUUGUUUUUCAAGCUGUAAAAGUAAUGAUUAUUUUACGAUAUUUAUGUUCUCAAAUAUCACAUACAUACAAUUAUAUUUGGAUUACUAUAAUAAUUAACAAAAGUAUUGAUAGUAUUUACACCUUUUUCAUCAAUAAAUUUUUUUUAAAUAUAUUUUAAAGCUUACUGUGUUACCUUUUGAGAAAAAAAAAUCGUUGUUUUUUCUGCUGAUACUAAUAUAAUUUCAUAAGUAGUGUGUUGAUUGUUGGCACUUGGUGGAAAUUUGAUUUCAUGAGCAUUGUACAAGCAUUUGUUCAUGUAUAACAUGUUCGACUAAAUAACAGAGUACGAUUAGACAAAUUAUUGUUUGUCUUGACAUGAAAGUCAUUAUGAUGGUCUCAGUGAAUUAUUCUUGUUAGUCCUAAUGUAGUUUUAAGGUGAUAAUGUUGUAUUGGUUCAUAUGGUGUCUUAAGUUUAUUGUUAUAAUAAGUGCCUAUGUAUCAAUUAAAAGUUAUUUUUUACAUUAUUAAUUAUUAAAGUUGUUAUUUACUACUGAAUAACAUUUUGUUGUGUUUAUAUAAGGGUUAAUUAAAUUAUACUAGGAUAAAUCCAUCCAAAAGAAAAAUCAUUUUCUAAUUCUUUUAGAAAAUAUAAAGAAAAUUAUCACGUCUCGUAUGAUAUGCAAUUAUAACGGAAAAAUACUGAUAAACAUACAUGCAUGAACAUUUAUAGCACAGUUUUGCAAAUUAUGACAAUAUUGUCUUGUAAUUUUUUCUCUUUAAGUAUUUAUCCUACUUACAUAUUUAUAAAAACUUAUUUAUACACAGGCAUAAAAAUACCGCCAGGGGUAGUGUUAGAAAUUUAAUAUAGGUUCCUUUUAUGACAUGUGCAUCCAUUAA